AUGGAUGGUGGUUCUCCAUCCAAUUCAGAAGUGAGCUUCGGGGAUUUCGAUGCUUUGGGGAAAGGGAAGGGUGGGAUGUUGCCAGCAUUACAAGCACAAACACCUAUGUCCCACACCCCGUUUUCCGUGGACGAUAUCCUCGAUCCGACGAAAUUCACAGGCACAAGACCCAGUCGACUCCACCAGAGCACGUGGCACCCUUGGCAGCAAGGAACUCUUUCUGGCAGUGAAUCUGAAAAUGACCAAGACUCAUUGCGGGAAGAUUCAAUGUCUCCUCUACCAGAUGUCAUCGAAGUUGCCGAAAUGGACAACGGUGACAUCCGGGAAAGUUCAUCUGCCAGUCGUGGUGGACAUUUACCUAGAGCCUCGAAUGGACUUCGGUCCUCUGUGACUGACGACGAAUCGACAGACAAAGAAUCGACCAAAGGCAUCGGCAGUUCCUCGUCCUCCUACAAGAAGAAAAAGUCCUCCUCUUCUUCGGACAGCAAAGCUGGUAAACCACGUCGUGCAAGGACAGCUUUCACCUACGAACAGCUUGUCGCUUUGGAAAACAAAUUCAAGACUACUCGUUACCUUUCAGUGUGCGAGCGCUUAAACCUAGCGUUAAGUCUUCGGCUCACGGAGACACAGGUGAAGAUCUGGUUUCAAAACAGGCGUACAAAAUGGAAGAAACAAAAUCCUGGUAUGGAUGCUAACAGUCCAACACUGGCUCCAACGCAGGGCUCCAGCUUACCCAACUCAUACGCUGCUUCCCCAUCUUACGCGGCCGGAUUGUUGUUCGGCAAUCAACUGCCUUACCUUCCGGCAACUAGCGCUCUACCGUACCCGGUGAUAGCUCCUUCGCAGCACUUCGGACACACUGCUCUACAUCCAUACCUAACUCAUCUAGGACAUUCGUAA